CGAGUAUUAGUUUCACUUGUUCAAAACUCAAACCUACUUAAUUUGAAAGACAGUAUUUUUGAAAAUUAUACCAUCAAAGAGAAGCAAAAUGUUGUUACUAUCAAGUUGGAGAAAUUAUUCCAUACUUAAACAAGUUUCAGCCUCAUUGAUCGGACUUUUGCUGCAUUUAUCAAUAGGAAUAUGUCAAGGGUUUUCCGCAGUAUUAAUACCUCAAUUACAAAACUCAAAUUCCGAAUUGCAAAUAAAUUCCGAGGAUGCAUCAUGGAUUGCCAGUGUCGGUGUUGCUGCAAUGCCCAUAUUUGCUGUUCUUGUUGGUAUAUUAAUGGAAGCAAUCGGCAGAAAAAGAUCGAUUCAAAUUUCAUUUUUACCUCUAACCGUAGGAUGGGCAAUUAUUGCAUUAGCUCCAUCUGUUGUUAUGAUUUGCAUCGGCAGAUUUAUAACUGGUUGCGCUAUUGCAAUGGACUCAGCAGUGGUCAUCUACAUAGCUGAGAUAAAUGUGCCAAAAAUUCGAGCAACUUUACUAUCCUUGGUUGGACCGACAGUACUGAUUGGCAUCCUAACUUCAUACCUAUUGGGUCACUUCAUAUACUGGAGAACAGCGGCAGCAAUCCUGAGCAUUCUUUCUGCUUUAUGUUUCUUUACAUUUUUCAUAAUUCCUGAAUCACCAGUGUGGCUGAUAUCAGGUGACAAAGUCGAUGAAGCCACCGAAUCAUUGAAAUGGCUUCGAAACAACGAACUGGCAACCGUCAACGCCGAACUUGACGAAUUGUUGAAGGCUAAAUUAUCAAAUAAUCAGAAUGAAACUGAGGAAUCAUUUAUAAGAACGAUAAUUCGGACAAAAGCGUGGAAGCCUUUUCUCAUUCUAACGUGUUACUUCUUCUUGCAGCAGCUCUGCGGUGCCCAUAUAAUCGUUUACUAUGCUGUCAGCUUUAGCAACGCUUUUGGAACAAAAAUAGAUGGAUUUUCAUCGUCACUCGUAUACAUCUUAAUUAGCCUAUUUUUCGGCAUUGUUUUUACCUGCAUUAUUGAGCACACUGGUCGCAAAACUUUAACUAUUGUUUCAUCAGCUGGUAUGUGCCUGAGUUAUUUAUCAGCUGCUGUGUAUCAGUAUCUAUGGCAAAAUUCGCCGGGUAACCCAAUGAAUUGGUUUCCAUUGGUUUGCAUUUGGAUUAGUGUAGGUUUCGCAAUGAUCGGUAUGAACAUGCUGCCGUGGAUGAUGGCUGGAGAAUUAUUCCCAACUCGAGUUCGAGGAGUUAUGGCAGGUUUUUUGUGGCUAACUGUUUACAUUUAUAUAUUUCUUUGCGUUAAACUUUACCCUUUGGUGGUUUCGAUUGUAGAAAUUCACGGAGUAUUGAUGAUAUUUUCGGUGUCUGGUUUCGUAGCUAUUUUCUUAGGUAAGUUUUUCGUACCAGAGACCAAAGGAAUGAGUUUGAUUGAAAUUGAAAGUUUAUGGUGAAUGAAAGAGUGAUAUUUUUCAAAAUUUUAGCUAGUCUAGUCAAAUCGUAGCUUCAGCUUACUGGAGUUGUUCUCAAGAUAAGUGGGUUGUAAAUCAAUUGAUGAUUAUUCACCGCCUAGCAAAAUAGAAAACAUGGGUAAAAGUUUUCUAACUCGGCCUUAAAAAUUUUUUGCAUUUAAGGCCAGUAAGUACCUAGUAAGUAGUUAAAGCACUCCAUAAGCACAGAAAAAUACUGUCAAAUCUUCACACCAU